GUCCAGCUCGCACCCGCAUCAAACUCCCAUGUCCCUUCAUAUCCCUGCAAGCGCCAACUUGCCGUUGGCACCACACACGGUGCAGUCUGCACGAGAGAUUCUGAGCCAUCAAUGCAGCAUCAUGAUUGCGCUAAGUGUCCUGUCGCUCUUGUUUAUGUACAACGUGUGGUGGAUGUCGUUGUUCACAAUUGUCGUGGCCAGCGUGGGGUAUUACGCCGCGGAAAUGAUCAAGGAAUCGACAUCUGCAUCGUCUCUAAUGUCAGGAGAUGCGCUAGGUACUGUACUGUACUUUGGUAUUUCUUGUGGCCUUGGAUACAACUAUCACUCUAUCACGUUUGCAGGAAGGUCGUUCCAAGUGGGGUCGCCGAAGCUUCGAAGCAAACGACAGCUCGUCUUGGCUGAAUUUUUUUACUACGCCAGCAUCCUUGUGGCCGCAUUCCAAUGCGGCGGGGAGGCCAUGAUGAUGGUCAGCAUGUCUCUGGACAUGUCGUUCAGUCCAACGAACGGAUGGGAAGUGGCAUGUAUGCUGCUUGGCUCUGUCUUUGCAAUUGCGCUCGUGUACACGACGGUACUGCACUUUGCACAACCAACGACCCACCAAUAUAUUACACGAGCCAGGCACGAACCGAUUGAGUUUGUAGUACCACGCCAACAUGGCCUGCCAAGCCUUCCUAGAAGAGCGCCGGCUACAUCCAUCCCACCAACCAUUGCUGCCAACCUCCGACUUGCAACCCCCCACUCCUCGAAACAACGCCACGAACCUCUAACAACUCCAUGAACCACAUACAGACGACACGAUCAUACAUAUGUAAUGCUCGUAUUGUUUUUUACUGUUAAUUUGACAAGUAUUCCUAUUUUGUUGUUGACGCCCCUAGUAUUUUGGUUUCUUGGCCGGGGGCUCCUCGGCGUCGUCGUGCGAAAAGGCACACUGCGACCCCUUGGUGCACUUUCCUUGCAGAUACCGCUGACAUUGCUCUUUAGGGGCUACGUGGCGGAACUUGCACUUGUUGCCCCGUUUGCACGUUCCUUUUUGAAAGCUCUGGCAGAUGGGAACAGAUGACGCUUCGUCAUGGUCAUCGCGGGCCACUUCUGGGUCCCGGGCACGGCGUUGUGGCGGCGGGGCGACCGCUUCCUCGUCGUCGCGCCCACUGGCCGUUUCGCCGCCUUUGUGAACGUACUUGCACAUGUCCCCACGCUUGCAUUUGCCCUUGAGCAGGAACCGUUGACACACCAAAUUUUCGUCGGUGGCGUUCGCGGGUGUGGAUGGCUCGUCGACAUGUCUUGAUUGUGAAGUCGCGGUAGUGGCGCUGGCUGCUUCGUGGCGAUACUUGCACUGGUUGCCUCGUUUACACGUGCCCUUUUGAAAGCUCUGACAAAUCGGAAUCGACGAAUCAUCCACGGCUGUGCUUGACGGGGUGUUAAAGGACGAAGUGGCUCGAACAACAGGGAUCGAGGUCGGUUGAUGAGAGGGUACCGCUACUUGGCGGACGGGGGGAGGGAGGGGCUGUUGUCGCACAGCAGCGACCACCACAGGGGCGGGGCGAGAGGCUCGGGAAGUGUCAGAAGAAGCAGAUUUGUGUCGGUACUUGCACAGGUCCCCUCGUUUGCACUUGCCUUUCUGAAAGGCCAGACACACCGGCGUGUCGUCAUCGUCGUCGUCGCUGCUUUCUUCAUCGACGUCGGCAACCACAUGACGUCGUCGUUCGUCC